AUGGCAGCUCGUGAGUAUUCCUGUUUUUUUUGUUUCCCGCUCUGUAAAAUGUUCAUUAAUUAGAGGAGAAAGUAUUUCUAAGAACUUAAUUUUUAUUUUGGUUACGAAGAAAUUAUGCAUUGAAUAAGUUGUUUCCGGUUGUUUUGUACAUGUGAAACCAUGCAGGUAUCCAGUUUGAAAAUUCUUGUGAAGUGGGUGUUUUUUCUAAGUUAACAAAUGCAUACUGUUUGGUUGCGAUCGGAGGGUCAGAAAAUUUCUACAGGUUUGUCACUGCAUGCUCCCGCUCCUUCUUACUCUCCUGUCCCUCUCACCGUACUCAUGCAUUUUGAGUCUCUCGCAGUGCAUUUGAAUCCGAGUUAGCGGAUGUUAUCCCGGUGGUGAAGACCUCCAUUGGAGGCACUAGAAUUAUUGGUCGUCUAUGUGCUGGUUAGUAACGUUGGAAGAGUCUUCUGAUAGGAAACGUGAUAUGCAAUCUAGACUAACUCCUCUUGUUCUUGUUGUUCUUAUCAAUCUUUUGUAUCACAGGGAACAAGAAUGGGCUGCUCUUGCCACACACCACCACAGACCAAGGUAAAGCUUCUAUUUAUAGGCAACUUGCUAUUUUAAGUAAAAAAACGCUUGCCUUUCUAGUUGGAUGUGUGAUCGUUCCGUUGUCAUGAUAUUAUGAAAAGGUUUAGAGGAGAGGAUAUAUUGCAGGAGGAUAAGAUAAGGGGAAUUUUUUGGGUCAGCGCGCAAUUCCUACGAGGAAAUGGCAACUGACAUUGAGGAUGAUGGGUUUCAGUAAAAAUGGGUUCUCGGUCUUGGAUAGACAGGAAGUCAGAAGGAUGAACAGCAUGUGAAUCAUGGUCAACGAUAAAAAGGCAGAUUUUAACAAGGGGACAAGAUGCUUUUCAGUCACCAUGGAAAUUAUUCUAGAGAUGUAGAUAUGUUUUUUUAGGAUGAACUCACCUUUUUGUUAGAAUGGUAGACAGAGGGAUGCUUCCUUUCCCCCUGGCAAACGAAGUCCGCCAAUUCAAUCUCAGCUAGAUAGGGAAUCAAUGGCAGCAAAGAACCUAAAAUUUUCAUGGGCUGCAGUUCCUCCAAAAGCUCCUAAUUUUCUGGAAGGAAAACUAGUAUGUAUAGAUGGGGUCGUAUUUUCUUCUUGGGAAGGAAUUACGCUGAAAAUGAGAUCAAUGAUGCCUAAAGUUAGAGUCGGUUGUCGUGAAGAUUUCCAAAGAUGAAUAUAUUGACUGCGCUUCAUAUCCCUCAGUUAGCAGUGGAUUAUGUGAAAAUCACAAUUGUAUCCCUCAGUUCAGCAUCAUGGAGGAGACAUGAAACAAUUGUAUCCCGAUUUUAUUCCUGGUUUUUUGAAGGGAAAGGGGGUAUUUAAGGUAUUUCACAGGCAGGUGAUUUGGCAAAAAAGGAAAUCCUUGAUGAGGUUGUAUCAGAUUACGUAGUUUGCAAUUGUUACCAUAAAUGGAAAGUGUCUGCAUGGUUUUGAGCAAAAUAGAUUAAUUUUUUUUAAUGGAAAUUAUGUAGCGGUGGUUGAAUGAGUUGUCAGCUUCUGUGAUCGCAUUGCAAUUUUCCCAUUGUUGUCGUUCUCUCUUAUCCAUUUGACAGAGGGGAUCGAUUAGGAUUUCCUUGUAACUUUUGAUAAAAAUUUCCCAUAUUCCUUGUUCUACAGAUCCGCUUUUUCAGCAUUUGUGAACACUAACUUACACUUCGUUGAUUCCUCGGAAAGUUAGCAACCAUGCAAGAUAAUAAACGAACCGUCUUUAAAAUGGUUCGUUUGUUCAUUAAAAUCUGAUUUAAUUGAUUACUGGUUGUUUUAGUUACUCGAAUGCAUUUUGGAGUUUUUUUUUUUUGUUUUUUUCUUUCUCUGAUGCGUUUGUCCUCUAUCUUCUUUAGAGCUUCAACAUCUGAGGAACAGCUUACCUGACCAAGUUGUUGUUCAGCGCAUCGAUGAGAGGCUUUCCGCAUUGGGCAAUUGCAUUGCUUGCAAUGACCACGUUGCACUCGCUCAUACUGAUCUGGACAGGGUACGAUUUCUUUUCUUUUCUUUUCUUUUCUUUUCAAUAAGAUGCGCUUAUUUUGGGUUUUUUUUCUUAUCUUAUGUAAUAUAAUAUUGUAUUAUGUUUUCAAUAAAAUGCACUUAUUUUGGGUUCUUGUUCUGGGAGAAAGAAAGAUGACGAUAUUCCUCUUUAUUUAUUUAUCUGGAGCUCAUGGUGUUAAGUUAAUUAUUUUUUAUGCGGGAUUCAAUCAUCGAUGAAAUUAUGAAAAAUGCCAUAAAUACAAGUAUCCUGGUAAUUUAUUGAAAAGAAAAUAAUUUCUUUUCAAUAAUAUGCACUUAUUCUUCUGUAGCAUCCAUUGCUCUUCCUCAAGCCUCCUUCCUUCCCCUUUCCUGUUCCUCGUCACUACCAGGAAACUGAGGAGCUCAUCGCCGAUGUCCUGGGAGUGGAAGUCUUCAGGCAAACCAUCGCCGGGAACAUCCUCGUUGGCAGCUACUGCGUGAUCUCCAACCGGGGCGGCCUGGUAAUGUCAUCCGAUUCUAGAGAGAGGGAGACCCAUUUCUCUCUCUUCGCUGACCCCUAACUGCUUCUCCGCAGGUGCACCCUCACACCUCGAUUGAAGAUCUCGACGAGCUCUCCACGCUCCUCCAGGUGCCACUGGUCGCCGGGACUGUCAACAGGGGAAGCGAGGUCAUCGCAGCUGGGUUGACUGUCAACGAUUGGACGGCCUUCUGUGGGUCUGACACAACGGCCACCGAGCUCUCGGUCAUUGAGAGCGUCUUCAAGCUACGAGAGGCGCAGCCCAGCGCCAUUGUUGAUGAGAUGAGGAAGUCUCUCAUUGACACCUACGUUUGA